AUGACAGAAAUAAUUCCUCGCUCCCCUUUUUAAAUUGAAGCAAAAUGUAGGUAAAAUUUCACUUUAACCCCAAUUGGAACAAAUUUUUUAAAUAGGAAAAUUUUUAUAGGUAAAAUACUAAUUUUUAUAAUAGAAAGCGUGCAUGCUAACCCUCAGCUCAUAAAAUUUACUAUAAUUUUUUUCUUUAAAAAAGAAAUUACCCCCUUUAAAUGGAACAAGACUUUUUGUUACAAUCUAAAGGAGGGAGAGUCAAGAAAUCGCAGUCAAAUUUAACCCUCCAAAAAUUGCUAUAAUUUACAAGCGUAAUAAAAACUCCUACAUAAGAGAAUUCUUACUAGACCCAAAUGAUUUACAAGAAAGCACCACAGCUUUAAUUGAGGCGUUAAUAAAUACUCAUCCCGGGUAUUUUGGAAGAAUAGAGCCUAAUCAGAUUGGCAGAUUAUUGGAUAUGAUGAAAAGCAAGCAAACCAAGGUAAAUCAGCUUAGAUUUGGAAAAAUGGAAGGAUUUAAGCCUAAAUCGAAAGACGACUUGCAGCAUUAUAAUAAAUUUAUUGAUGAUAUGGAUCUUUAUAGCCCAAAGAAUGGAGAGGAAGAAGAAGAAGAAGAGGAAGAUGAAGACUUAGAAGAGGGAUACUAUGAAGGGAAUCGCAAAUACAAUUACGAUGAGCUUGAUAGAAACAUGGAAAAUACUUCUUCUGAUGAAGAAGAGCUAUUUUAA